UUGAGGUACACUUUAUGUAACCUGUAGCCGCUCCUACAAACGAGAUAAAUUCCUUCUCGUUUGUUGGACAAACCUUACCAUUUAGAGUCGGGUGUGUUUAGGAGACUUCAAUCAUGGCCGUUUCUUUGCUGGUUCUCCUAGCGUGUGGUACUGCUGCAGUCCAAUGCGACAGACUGUCCGUGCAAGGCGACCAUUUUGUUAAAGGCGGACAGAAAGUGUUCCUCUCUGGCGCCAAUCUGGCCUGGGUACAAUAUGCCUAUGACUUCGGCAACAACCUGUAUAAGGGACGUGUGCAGGGCAUACUAGAGGGGUACAUCCGGGAUCUCAGCAAGGCCGGAGGGAACUCCAUGAGAGUGUGGAUUCAUAUGGAAGGAGCGAACACGCCAGAGUUCGACAGCAGUGGUCACGUGAUAGGCAUGGAUAAAGGUGGCACGAUGAUGGCGGACCUCAAGUCGAUGCUGAACUACGCCGCCUCCCACAACGUCCUCAUCUUCCUCUGCCUGUGGAACGGCGCCGUUAAUCAGGGUUCACACGCUCAUCUGGACGGCCUCAUCCGCGAUACAAACAAACUACAGUCGUAUAUCAACAAGGCUCUGAUCCCCAUGGUCAAGGGUCUAGCUGGACUUCCGGGUCUCGGUGGCUGGGAGGUGAUCAAUGAGCCGGAGGGAGUGCUCAUGCCUGACGUGGCCAACAGCGACCCCUGCUUCGACACCACCCACCUCAAGAACUCGGGGGCCGGAUGGGCGGGGAAACUGUACAAGUAUGAUGAUUUUCUCAGGUUCAUCAACUGGCAGGCUGCGGCCAUCAAAUCUGCUGACGCUCACACUCUAGUGACAAUGGGCAGUUGGAACGCAAAGUCUAACGUCAACAUCAAAGGUUACUACAACCACUACUCUGACGCCUGCCUCAUCAAGGCUGGGGGUAAAAAACAGGGAGUGCUGGACUUCUUUCAGAUCCACAGUUAUGACUGGCAGGGGAAAUUCGAUGAAGUUUCCCCAUUCACGAUGGCCGCGUCAGCUUACCACAUGGACAAGCCGAUAGUGAUCGGCGAGUUCCGGGAGAGCCAGGGCGCCGGUAUGACGAUCCAAGAGAUGUUCAAUCACGCCUACAACACCGGCUACAGCGGUGCUUGGACAUGGGCCAUCACCGACGACUGGACCCCCAAGGACACAUGGGCACACCAGCAAGUUGGGAUUACAACAGUGGCGAAUAGACAUGACCACGGCCUCGUUAAGUUCACCCUGUAAUCCACAGACAACUCAGCUUCAUAGAAACCUUGUCAUUCUGAACCUGUUCGUGUAAAUGUAAUAAAUUGUCAUAUUGUCA